GUAGCGGUUGGUAGGUAAUGUAGUCGCAGAGGGGAAUGUGUACCGAUGAAUAUUAAUUAGGUCAAUGAUUUCAAUAACUGCUUGUGCUGUAUUGUAUAUAAUCUUAUUUAUAUCAAUUGUAUGUUCGUGAAAGUACAAGUUUUCGUAAUGUAUUGAAAAUUCGCACAUUUCCAUCGAAAAUGGACGCAGGAGAAGAAAAUUAUAUUUCCAAAAAGUGCGGUAUUCGUUUUUCUCCACCUGCAUUGAUAUUGGUGUAUGAAGACAAAGUAGAAAAGAUGUUACGAGUGCUGCAAGAACACAUGAAAGGCACGGAAUUAUUGGAAGCGGUGCAGAUUGUAAGCAAGGAAUUUUCUGUUGGGUCUGAUGAAGAUCUAAAUAAACUCGGAGACGAUGUAUUACGGAGGAAAAAGGAGAUUAUGGAUCAGACUUUUAAGAAAAACCAAAUAAAACCCCAGGAUCCUGAAUUUGUUUAUGAUAAACAGAUAGACUUUGAUCAAAAUGCAAAUGAGAAAGUAGAAUCAGGUUGGGAUGCUGAAGAUAAUGACGACCUAUUCUGGAAUUGAACCAUUAGCAAUACAGUUCAUUCAUUUAUUCAUUCAUGCAUUCGUGUUUAUUAAUCCUAUAGAUCAGAUUAUACUGAUGUAGGACAUGUCAUAUAAUAUUAUAAAAUUAGCAAAAACACAAUAAUUCUUAACGAAUAGCUAACAAAAUAUGUAACAGCUGUUUACCUCUAGCAUGUAUCAUUAUCCAGUGUUUAAGAAUUUAUCAUUCAUAUAGUCUUAAAUUGAGUAGUAACACCCAUUAAUGAGUAAAUUCUUCAGUUCCCUUAUAAAUGGUUUUCAUGUUCAAGUUGUUUUAUAUUAGCUAAUUUAUUAUAAAAGAUACAACCAGCAACUGAAGGUUUAUUGUUAUAAAGUUCUAAGUUAUGCACCCAUUUAUGGUAAUCAUUAUUGUUUCUUGUAUUGUGUGUGUGUACUUGUUUAUUUACCAUACAAUUACACUUAUUUAUUACAUAUAAGAUGGUUUGUUGUAUGUACAACGAAUAUACUGCUAAUAUCUUAAGUUUUUUUAAAAUGUCUCUGCAUGAUUCCAAAGGUUUUAACCCUGCAAUGUACCUUACUGCUCUUUUUUGGAAGAAUAAACAUUCUUUUAGUAA